AUGUUGACGAUGUUUAAUGCGAUAGGAUAUACCGUCGAAAGCGAGCUUCAGCGUACCCACCUUUUAAUGGGGGCGUUCAAUGCCCAUCAACUAUCCUGGUUUGUUGAUUUCAUGCUUUUGCCGGGUGUGUGCUAUUUCGCUUGGAAGAACUUCUUCGCAUCUGCAGGAUGGCCUAAAAACAGGGAAGGCCGAGCGCGACUGAAGCCACACGAAAAUAGACCAUUCUACGUGGAGGAAUAUGGUCCUACAUCCUACAUUGAAGGUGGAGCGGCAGAGAUUCCCGAAGACCUGCCACCGCAGACGCACACUAUGUUCAAAGCCCUGACUGGCGAACGAAAUGCCAACCCUCGUGUUAGAACGCCCCCUGGCGAUAUCUUACCUACAAUAUUGCUAAUGAAGAUUACCGCCGCUUUCGUACUGGGGAGUCUUAUCUCUGCCACUGCCGCUCACUCGGAAUCUGGAGAUGGCAAUGCUGGUUUACCGAAGUUUAUGGGCGCCAGGAAGUUGCUUUCCGAAAUGAAAGCUCGGAAUGCCCUGCCGCACCCGUUGGAAGCAACUGUCCAGGCGGAAAAGAGACAACCAGUAAAAGCGGAAACCUUGGAGGAAAGGCAGGAUUCGAAUGGGAGAUGUGGUCCCGGUUUUGGAAAAUGUGCCACAAACUGUUGUUCACCUGCUGGGUACUGUGGCCUGGGCACAGAGUACUGCGCCGCUCCCGAUUGUCAAUUGGAUUAUGGCCCUGCAUGUGAUGGGAAUCAGAAACCUGCCGGGACCUCCACAGCCAACAUUGCACGACCGAAAAUCGGCAAUGUACCCUACGGCGGUGGUGGAAUUUAUGACUGCGUUGUGCCUGGAGAUAUUGCUUUCACUUUCGAUGAUGGUCCAUAUAUUUAUACCUCGGACCUUCUUGACAAGCUCAAGACUCAUAAUGCAAAAGCAACAUUUUUCAUCACUGGAAACAAUCUUGGAAAAGGCCCCAUCGACAGCACUGCCCAAUGGUCGAAUCUAAUCAAGCGCAUGGUUGCAGAAGGCCAUCAAGUAGCAUCACACACGUGGUCCCAUCAAAGUUUGACAUCUGUGGACGAAACGACUUUUAAUAACCAAAUAAUUUAUAAUGAAAUGGCAUUCAGGAAUAUCCUGGGCUAUUUCCCAACCUAUAUGAGGCCACCUUAUUCUCAAUGCGAUGCCACAUGUGGCUCGCGUUUGGCAACACUUGGAUAUCAUGUGACAUAUUUCGACCUUGACACAGCCGGCUACCUGAACGACGACGUAAACCUGAUCCAGAAUUCAAAGAAUAUCUGGGACACAGCGAUCAACCCCUCCAACAGCCAAACCGACAACUUCUUGGAGAUCGAGCAUGACAUCCACUUCCAGACGGUGUAUAACCUCACUGAUUAUAUCCUGGCAUCUAUGACCCAGCACGGGUACAAGUCUGUGACCGUUGGCGAAUGCUUGGGGGAUCCUUCCGCCAACUGGUAUCGCUCAACAGAUUCCGGUACACCACCCACAGACCCAACACAGACUGUUAGCACUGACGGGAGUUGCUCGGCUAGUGUAACUUGUCUCGGCUCUACGUUCGGAAACUGCUGCUCUGAGCACAGCUAUUGCGGUUCCACUUCCGCAUAUUGUGGUACAGGUUGUCAACCGGCGUCAGGAAAUUGCGGCUCCAAUACAACACCCACCCAGGUUCUACUUUUGGAAAUUGCUGCUCCUCGCAUGGGUAUUGCGGUUCCACUACCGCAUAUUGUGGUACAGGUUGUCAGCCGGCAUCAGGAAGCUGCGGAUCUGGCGCACCACCUCAGUCCAUUAGUACGGAUGGUUCAUGUUCUAGUACAGUUACUUGUCAAGGGUCUACCUUUGGAAACUGCUGCUCACAGUAUGGGUUUUGCGGGUCCACCUCCGGGUAUUGUGCGCCACAGCAACCUUCCAGCCCUGUAUGAAGUACCCAACUCGAUUCCACUGCCCCAAUUCUGGCUUCGCUCCAAAAACUCUGAACCGUCGAAUUGCAGAGGCACGAAAUACGUGGCCAUGGAGUCGGAGAUUCGUGGUCUCGAUUUAGAGAAGGAACUAACCUGCUCUAUCUGCACCGAAGUGCUCUAUCAACCCCUCACCCUCCUCGACUGUCUCCAUACUUUCUGCGGCUCAUGUUUGAAAGAGUGGUUCAACUGGCAGCUCACCGCGGCGCGCAACUCUCCAAACUCACUCCCCGCAGGCUCUACGCCGUAUACAUGCCCGUCAUGUCGAGCGCCGGUCCGCGCUUCGCGACAUGAUGCGAGGGUUACAACACUGUUGGAGAUGUUCCUCGUGGCGAAUCCGAGCAAGGGCAAGACCGAUGAGGAGAAAUCCGAACUGAAGAAGAAAUACACGCCCGGGGAGGAUGUAAUACCAAAAGUUGAGGCUAAGGAUAAGUCUAUAAGGGAGAGAAGGGUGGAUGAUGAAGACCGGAGACUCAUGGAAGAAGUUAGGGAUUUGAGUCUGAGAGAGGUGGGUGUGGAAUCUUCGGACGCAAGGAGGGAGCGUAGGAGAAGGGAGGAGGCAAGAUUACGCCCGUCAAGACGAGACUCUAGUCGUGAGCAUAGUCGGGACAGCAGAAGCGGGGAUGAUAGGGACAGACAGCGACGGAGAGAAGCAGAUUCUGGGCGAAGAGGAACUAGGGAUGAUCCUCGAUCCGACACAGAGUCGGGAACAGAGCGAAGACGACGAAGGAACAAUGAAGAGGCGAGAAGAAGACAUGAAGAAACGAGCCGCACGGCAGCAAGGCAAAUCGAACAUCAAUCAUCUUUACGGUCAUUGAUUAGCUCGUCCGAUAUCGAUUCUCAAGAGAUGGAGGAGGAGAUCUUGCGCCAGAUUAGAGAAGAAGGGCUCCUAGAUGGAAUAGACUUGGAAAAUAUUGAUGUUAGCCAGGAGGACCAAAUUAGUGAAAGGAUAGCUGAGGCAUUCAGAAGAAGGCAAAGCGAGAGAUCUAGGGAACAGCGUGAAAGGCAGAGGUCUAAUGACCGGAGGCGGCAAGCUCGAAGUUCUGCCCCGGAAUCGAGGGAAACAUCUGGUGAUGAUAGUGGCCGAACGCCAAGAAGGCGGACACACACCAGGAAUUCCAGUGCUGUUAGUGACACUGAUGGGCCGAGCAGACCGCCAACAUCUAUCAGUGCUGCCCAUGCUGCUCACCUUGAAGUCCAGCCCAGUGAGGAACGGCGGAGGAGAAGAACAACUAGCGGUAGUCGAAGCUCAACCGCCCAUGUUAUAGGCACACAAGCCCAGACAAGACCAGCAGCACGGUCACAAACUGAUUUGAGCAUAAGAUCCGGUUCCAUGGACCUGGGGACUUCACGCCCUACAAUCACAUCAGGCUUGAGAACUAGCACAGAAACAAACCGUCAGCAUGGUAGUGUAGGGACAGCUUCUGAACUGGAAUCCCGCGAAUCACAAACACAGCCGAAUUCCAGCCCACGAAUGCGUACAAGUCCUCGAUUGCAACAGCCUGCAACAGCAUCGAUAUCACAAACUCGGCGAGCACCCCCUGCUGAGAUCUUCGUUCCUGCAUCAAUACCUUCUUCGGCCUCGUUACACUCGCCAGGCGAGCAAUCGUUGAUGCCUGCACCGCUGUCCCCAAGUCAUGCUCCACGAACAUCGCUCUCUGACAGGGCGAUGGCGUUAUCAAGCGGUUCAAGACCAACAUCCUCGUCCUCUAUGGUAUCACGGAGCCGUGCCCCCCUCUACCCCGAACCUUCUUUGACUUGCGCUCGGUGUUCUAAGGUUCACAUCGAGUAUGAACUUCACUACAAUUGCGGCAUCUGUCGUGGCGAAAAUUAUAAUAUUUGUCUUUCAUGUUUCCGGUCUGGGAAGGGCUGUCUGCAUUGGUUUGGGUUUGGCUACGCUGCAUGGUCGAGGUGGGAGGCGCUGACCCAGUCGGGAGAUUUACCUCCUAAUGCUGAAAAACCUCACAUGCUCAUAGCAUCUCGCUAUAUACCACCUAAAAUUUCGCCUGGGGGAGCUGAUGGCCGAAAGACCCUCACUACCGAAGACCCUCAAAAACGGCUGCAGAGCGGCACAUUCUGUGCAAACUGCCUCGCCUGGGCAAACGAGUGCUACUGGCGCUGCGAUUUCUGCAACGAAGGUGAUUGGGGGUUCUGCAACCUUUGUGUAAACCGAGGGGAAUGCUGUACACACCCUCUCUUACCGUUAACCUUCAAGCCGCCAGAGUCCGAUUCUCCACCGCUAUCGCCAACUCGCGCUCAGCAAAUGCCUUCAUCGGCCACGAUUCUUACGGGACCUGGGGUGCUAGAUAUUGGACGCUUCAAACCUCUGACAUUCUCUGUGCAAUGCGAUAUCUGCCAUCAUCCUAUUCAGCCAUCUAAGACACGAUAUCACUGCUUCUCUUGCACAAGUAAAACACCUAAUACGCUGCCCGGAGACUACGACAUCUGCACAACCUGCUACCCAAAGCUCGUGACUUCUCGUCGUGUCAGCGCUGAAAACGGCAUUAAAGGCUGGCGUAGAUGUCUACAAGGGCAUCGCAUGGUCGUUUUAGGGUUUGAAGAUAAUCGAGGAGGUCAACGUAGGUCGAUUGCACAGGAUCUUGUCGGUGGUCGCAUGCUUAAAGAGGAACCGUAUAAUUCCAGCGAUUAUUCCGAUCUUCAGAAAUGGAGCUGGGAGGAUGAAAAACAUGUUAAGCUCGUCACUAAGAAUGUCAUGGAUACCUCACCAAUCAACGUCCUAGAUUUAGCUAUCGACAACGACUUCCCAACCGAUGGAGGCGUCGGCAUGUCAUGUUUUGCUCGAUGGAGCUGGUACCCUGCACCGGGCGUUGAUGACGAGUUGAUGUUUCCGAAGGGAGCGGAGAUCAGGGAGUGCAAGGAGGUUAAUGCCGAGUGGUGGUAUGGGACUUAUAUGGGAAAGACAGGUUUGUUUCCUGCAUUAUAUGUUAGGAUCCUGGAUAGGGCACCUGGUUCUUAA